AUGCCUUCACAGCCAAUGCCUGGAUCGCAGUCUAUUCAACAAGCGGCGACAACACAGCAGAUCCCUUCUGGUCAGCAACUCCCCGUGACCCAACAGCAUACAUCCACUGUUGGUCAGGCGACCUUGAUCAACCAGAGCACUAUUGGAUCUUCACAAGUGCCUGUUGCCACACCAGCAACUAGUGUACAGACGACUUCUGUAGUUCCACAGGCCAGUCAUGGAUCUUUGCCAAGCACUGGUGGUGCUCCAACACCAGCUACCACACCUGCUCAACCCCAGGCUCACCUUAAUAUGGGUGGAACGCCAUCGGACUCACAGCAGCCGUCUCAAGCACAGCCGGCAACCCAGCAACAGCCGCCAACUAACCUCGAGGGUAUCCCUGUGGGACAGCCCAUGGAGGAUGCCAAUGCUACUCCUCCAGCGCCAUCUGGAAGUCAGCCAGAGGACACUGAAAGGAGUUGUAUCAGCCAUUGUGUAACUGGCUGGUCACUAUUCAAGGCUAGUUUCCGAGGGUUGGCCUAUGCCCUGUCCUGCGGGGUGUUCACCAACCCCGGCUACUCUGAAGAAGCCGGGUCCUCGUCGUCGACCUCCUCUUCUCCUCGUCCUUCGGGGAGCACGGCAAUUCGUACGUCCAAUUCGUCCUCGUCCUCCAUGGGCGUGGUGAUGACGGAGGCGACGCUGAUGCCUUCGUCAGCGCGCUCGGCUUCUUCCUCGAAAGGCCACACGCCCCCGCCCCUGCCGGCGGUCGUGGUUUCUGCCAUGGCUCUGCCGCCGGCGUCGCCCUUGCAACUCCAGCCGCCGGCCUCCCUCACGACGUCGCCCAUGGACACCGGCGUGGCUGUCGUGGCCGCGGCGGCUACGCCGCCUCCUCCUCCCGUCAUGAUGACUUCCUCUUCGUCUUCGUCCAUCGACAAAGAUGCGGCCUCCCUCAGUGCAUCCACCGCCAGUACGGUUGCCAUUGACAACAAGAUCGAGCAAGCCAUGGAUUUGGUAAAGUCUCACCUGAUGUUUGCAGUGCGGGAGGAGGUGGAAGUCCUCAAGGAGAAGAUCUCCGAGCUGAUGGAGCGCAUCAACCAGUUGGAGUACGAGAACACAGUCCUGCGUCAGUAUGCGACGCAGGAAGCCCUACAGCAGCUCCAGCAACCCCAUCACAGCUCAAACACCUGAAUGACGUAGAUGACAACCAAACAACAUUCAAAAAGCAUAUUCAAAAAAUGUAUUCAGACAUACAACAGUAACAGCAGUUUUUUCCCCGAGAGACUUGCUGUCGACAAGCGAGCAGCAGCAGCCGCAUCCCCUCUUCUGUGGGAGGCAGCUGCAGCUAUUGCGUCAUACUCUUAAAUAUUUAGGGAAAAAGGCCGCUAUCGGUGGAAUGGUUGUCGGAUUUGCCCUGGCGGGAUCUCGUACUCCUUCCACGUGCAAACGUUUUCAUUAAUAUUAUUAAUUCCCCCAUCAUCUUCCACCCCCUCACCCAUAGUCAUUACCAAUUGCCAUUAUGUAUUGUAUGGAACGCAUUCAUUUUUUAAUCGUCACCGAGACGACCCUAUGAGGUUUACUUUACGUUUUUCUUAUUUUUUUAAGUAGAUCUGUUAGUGUAACAAAGACGUGUACAGAUAUAUUCAUUCGUUGGCCUUCAAAUGGUAACCAAUUUUGUGGGAAAUAUGUAAUCAGUUUCUUUAUGAGAAGUGAUACUUUUGUUAUUUAAGUUCGUGUGCGCUGCUGGCGAGUGUAGACGAGUGGCGAGGCAGUGCCGGGCUGGAAGAUGAAAGGAGACGAGUGAAUCCUUCUCCUCGAUAAAAACCCUUUUUCUCUGGGGUCCAGAAUUCAUGACAAGCUUCGAUUGAGCCUUGCGACUCGCCAUCUCGUCUACGCUCGCUGUCACUUCAAUUUCACACAAGUACUCAAGCACAUUAUAUGUAGUAUUUUCCGCUUAUGUUCUGCAAUAAGCCAACUUCAUAAAUGAGAAAUUGUCCGUAUAAAAGAUUGCCAUGUAUAGUUUAUGUAUGUGUUGAAGAAAGGCCAGAACUCUCAGGUAGAUAGGUAGCCUAAGUUAGUUGGGUAAGAUGGAAAGUAUACAGAUAUUUAAAGUAAAGGAUAAUGUCACGGGCCACCAACUUAACAGGGUCUCGAUGCUGGCAUGGGACCGAGUAGCAGCUAAGGUUAAUGAUGAAUCUUGUAGAUAGGCAGAUUGUGGUUUAUUUACUUUGAUUCACUGAGAAUACAAGGGCUGUAAAUAAUGGUCUCUUUAUUCAGUCAGUAAAGGUGAUUGAUGGUCAUUUUGAGAUACGAUUGUGAAGUUCAGCAAUAAGAAGUGAAGGUUGAUGGCUGUAUUUCUUUUGUGUGUGCUAGCCAAAUGAAGUCCCAGCAAUGAAGUAUGGGCCGGUAGUACACGGUGCUGAUGACGCAAAAUUCUGUUGUUAUUCAAGUCGCUUUCAUCCGAAUAGUUUUAAGUUUCUGGAAGGAAAGUUGAAAGGCUGCUUAAAGAAUGUAGGAGAGACGACUUAGGUCUGCACGCCCAUCACCUUGCUCCCCCCACCCCAUCCCUUCUAUUCCCCCGAAUGUGCCUGUGAAAUCCUGGCCUGGUAGGAGGUUUAAAAAGUCACGCUUUUAAUAUUAAUGUUGUUUGUUACUACUACACAGGAAAAGGGCAUGUGAUAACAUAGUAUACUAAGCCCUGCCCCCUCUAGUGAAAGCAGCUUGUGGGAACAUAACUUAUGGUAGGGUUUUUUUUUCCUCAUAUUGGGGAGAAGUGAAAGUUUUAAUUUUUUCAUGCUGCUGUUAGGUAUUGCUUAUUUUGUAAGAAACCUUAAAGAAUGCUUCAGUCUGUAUCGGGAAAGAAAGGCAGAUUGUAUGUGUGGUCGUUGUCCGGGAGUCGGGUUGGUUGUUUAUCAUCAUUUCAUUCGAGACUAGUAGUGUGACUUAGUUCUCAUUAUAUAGUUCACCUGCUUCGGGGCCUUUGUACCCAAAGAUACUAGUCUGUCAACGAUAUCAAAGAUUGUAAAUUUUUUUUUCUCCCUCUCUCUCUCGCCUGUCUGUCUGUCUGUAAGUUAGUUUGCGCGCGAGAGUGAGAUAAGAGUCAUUUCAUCUAGAUUCUCUGCUGUGCCAUCUUUUUUGUUUUCUCUCUCUCUAGGUGUGAUUUUUUUUAUAAAGGGAUUUAUUUAGUUACUUCUUCACGAGCACUAAAAAUGGAAAAUUACCUAUAGCUUACCCAAUUGUAAACCUUUACGUUAGCAAAAAGUAUGCCAUUAUUGAUUGAUUAUAAACUGUUAGGUUUUAAAUAAUAUUUUGUCAAAUUAUAUCCAGUUAAGUAUAUAUUUUUGAUGGAUGAAUCAUCCUUGAAUAUAUUUUUUCAUAUGUCCUGUAUAUUUGUGAUCUACCGCUACGACUUUCCCCCAGAUUAUUUGUCACAUACUGAAGUUCCUGAAGUUAUAGAUAUUUUUUUGUUUGUCUUCUCAUUAGAUGAAAAACGCUUGUUCAAGAGUCCUGUCGACGAAUGAUUUUGACGUGUAAUAGUGAACUAAGUGUACAUAUAUAUAUUAUACAUGAAAAGCGGUUUAUCUUGUCCAUUAUUCAGUAAGGGCAAUCUUGAAUUUCUCGGAUUCGGUGAUAAAUGUGCUACCGGAUCUACCUGUCAAUUACACACUAUUUGUAUAGGAGAAUAAACCUAUUCAUAUUUA